GUUCAGUAAGAAAUAAUCUCGCGUUUGUAACGCAACACCGAGGCAUAUGUAGCCUAGUCUUAGCUCUCGCAAUCGUGUUUAUUGGGUCAGUAAAACUCCUUGAAAACCAGUAAUUGCAGUAGUAGUAUCAAGAGAUCUCGACUACCAAUGAGCUGAAUCAUCUCUGCACCAUGUCUGAACGAUCCUGCAUAACAGCAAUAUAAAAAUGGUCAUCGAUAACCGGAAAAGGAAAAAGGUAUUCCAUCCCUUCUGCAUCGAGAUUGUGUAACUACUAUCUUGAUCCCCGCCGCAACGUUCCCGGCCGAUUCGUCCUCCCCCACAUCGCACUCCCAUAGCCCAUUGCGCCGCGCCGCGCCGCGCCGUGCCACCCGGCCACCCCUGCUCUUUCCCCCCUGUCUUGCGCGCGCGCAUUUGCAACCAGCAGCCCUCCUAUAUAUCCACGGCAAUCUCCCGCACUUUUCUCCGCCCACCACGCGCACUACUACGCUAGUGUCAGUCACAAUCACCCAUACCGAGGAAGGCGACCGAGCUAGCUAGCAAGGCCGGCAAUGGCGAGAGCCCACCGCAGCGACGGCCUCCUUUUGCGCGGCGCGGCGCUCCUCACGGUUGCCGUCCUUUCGGGCAUUGUCGGCGCUGCGAGGGCGCAGCUGCGGCAGAACUACUACGCCAGCACGUGCCCCAACGCGGAGUCCACCGUCCGCUCCGUCAUCUCGCAGCACCUCCAGCAGAGCUUCGCCGUCGGGCCCGGCACCCUCCGCCUCUUCUUCCACGACUGCUUCGUCCGGGGGUGUGACGCGUCAGUGAUGCUGAUGGCGCGGAACGGGGACGACGAGAGCCACAGCGGCGCGGACGCCACGCUGUCGCCGGACGCCGUGGACGCCAUCAACAAGGCCAAGGCGGCCGUCGAGGCGCUCCCCGGCUGCGCCGGCAAGGUCUCCUGUGCGGACAUCCUCGCCAUGGCCGCCCGCGACGUCGUCUCUCUGACGGGCGGGCCAAGCUACGCCGUUGAGCUCGGGCGGCUGGACGGAAAGUCAUUCAACAGAGCCAUCGUGAAGCACGCCCUCCCCGGCCCUGGCUUCAAUCUGAACCAGCUCAACUCCUUGUUUGCGCAGAAUGGGCUCACGCAGACGGACAUGAUCGCACUCUCAGGCGCGCACACGAUCGGCGUGACCCACUGCGACAAGUUCGUCCGUCGGAUCUACACGUUCAAGCAGCGGCUGCCGUGGAACCCUCCGAUGAACCUGGACUUCUUGCGGUCGCUGCGGCGGGUGUGCCCCAUCAACUACAGACCCACGGCGUUCGCGAUGCUGGACGCCACCACGCCGCGCGUCUUCGACAACGCCUACUUCGACAACCUCCGGUACAACAAGGGCCUGCUGGCCUCCGACCAGGUCCUCUUCACCGACCGCCGCUCCCGCCCCACCGUCAACCUCUUCGCCGCCAACAACACCGCCUUCCAGGAGGCCUUCGUCGCCGCCAUGGCCAAGCUCGGCAGGAUCGGGCUCAAGCGCGGCAGCGACGGCGAGGUACGGCGCGUCUGCACCGCCGUCAACUAGCAUGUGUGUGUCGGGCGUGCUAAUUAGGCUGUUAGAGUGGUUAUAUAUUCAUACGUUUGGGCGUGGGAUUUUGUUAGCCAUUAUUUGAUCGAGCUGUGGGAUGGAUGAUACAAAUUGAGAUGUGCUUCUCGUGGAUGUUUCGGUUCACAUGGUUAGGCGCGUUUGAAUCAAAUGCUUGUUCAGCCCCUUCU